GUAAAUUCUUGUUGAGUUCCUCGCGCUAAUAAAAUUCUCUCUAAAAUUUUUAGACUUCGAACUUCAUCGUCAAAACUCUCUCUCUCCCUCUGCAAUGGCGCUUCCAUCAGGAUUUCGUGAGAGGCUGGAGCAGAUGGAGCAGACCAGAAACCAACGCCUCUCUCUCCUCCAGGCCGAAAAAGAGCUACAAAUCAACAAGUCUCAAAUCUUAGCAUCCAAACUUUCCAACAUCAGAUCCAUGGAACAAAGGUGCUUGAAGCUCGAUUACAAGAUCGCAUCGCAACACUUCAUCAUCUCAUCUCUCAAUUCCCAAAUUGACUCCCUCGAUUCCAACAACCUCCACAAUCUGCAACAAUUUAGGGUUUUGAAGAGUGAGGUGGAGGAGCUGGAGGAGUUGGAGAAGGAAAAAGAGAGGUUUUAUGGUUUAAAGAUUCGUGAAAUGGAGGAAUUUAGGGCACAAGUGGAGAACUUUGUUGUCGAGUGUGGAAUGCAAGUGCAGGAACUGAGGAAUAUCGUGAAUGAGCUCAAGUCAAGUUUCAUGGAACUUCAAGGCAACAAUGGAUAUUGGAAUAAUUCUGAGAUAGCUGCUGCUGAGAUGAGAAAAUCUGAACUUUUAGCAGAGAAAGAGAAGUUGGAUAGGAAUUUAGCUUCCAAUUGCCAGAUACGAGAACAGUUUCAAAAGCAGCUUCACAGUAUAUUGAAUACCCAAAAUCAUGGGAAAAGGAAACUAUGCCAACUUCCUCAAAACAAACUUCUUGAACAGAAAACUCCCUGCCCUCCAAACCGGACAUGAAGGUCUCCCCUCAUCCAGCUCUCUGCUUAGUAUUAGAAGAGAAAUCAGUCAACAAACAUUUGUAUAGAGAUUAGUGGCUAAAUCUCUUAUUGAAUUGUUUGCUUUACAAAAUGGUUGUAAAUGGAAUAUUUUGCUACAAUUCUAUGCUUUCAAUAUAACAAAGAGAAAAUUAAGACUUCUUUCAGUUUUUUCCUUUACA